UGUGCACAUUUAAAUUACACGGAGUGUUUUUUAUGUCGCGCUCAUCGUCUGAUUUAAUCAGAGUAUCGUUUUAUUUUAACUCAAUUUAAGAUCACGUUAAGUUUAUUUUCUACCUAAAAAAUCUCAGGAUGGCAGGGAACUUCUGGCAGAGCUCACAUUAUCUGCAGUGGGUUCUGGACAAACAGGAUCUGAUGAAGGAGAGACAGAAAGAUCUCAAGUUCCUCACCGAGGAGGAAUAUUGGAAGCUACAGAUAUUUUUUGCCAAUGUGAUUCAAGCUUUAGGGGAACACUUGAAACUCAGGCAGCAGGUCAUCGCAACGGCAACAGUCUACUUUAAGCGUUUCUACGCCAGGUACUCUCUGAAGAGCAUAGACCCUGUGCUGAUGGCCCCCACAUGUGUGUUUCUGGCCUCUAAAGUAGAGGAAUUUGGUGUUGUUUCGAACACACGCCUUAUUUCAGCAGCAACGUCUGUGAUGAAAACAAGGUUCUCUUAUGCCUUUCCAAAGGAGUUUCCCUUCAGAAUGAACCACAUCUUGGAGUGUGAAUUCUACUUACUGGAGCUCAUGGACUGCUGUCUGAUCGUGUAUCACCCUUACAGACCAUUACUGCAGUAUGUGCAGGACAUGGGGCAGGAGGACAUGCUGCUGCCGCUGGCUUGGAGGAUAGUGAACGACACCUACAGGACAGACCUGUGUCUGCUUUAUCCUCCAUUUAUGAUAGCACUGGCCUGCCUGCAUGUGGCCUGUGUGGUGCAGCAGAAAGAUGCCAGGCAGUGGUUCGCUGAGCUGUCUGUUGACAUGGACAAGAUCCUGGAGAUUAUCAGGGUGAUUCUGAAACUCUAUGACCAGUGGAAGAACUUUGAUGAUAGGAAGGAAAUGGCCGUUGUGCUCAACAAAGUGCCCAAACCCAAACCUCCUCCUAACAGUGAGACUGACCAGAGCUCAAACGGGAGUCAAAACAGCUCGUACAGUCAGUCCUAGAGCGGCCUCUGCUGGAGGACCUGAGCAAUCAGAGCAGAGAGAAUGAUGCCACCUCUUUCCUUCCACCAAUCAGAGCAGAGAGAAUGAUGCCACCUCCUUCCUUCCACCAAUCAGAGCAGCCCAUGUCCGAACUGCUCACCAAUAGGAAAUAUGCUUUGAUUUAGAGUUUUCUGGCAAGCCUAAGGCUGUUGUCUUGAAUGUUACGGACACACACACAACACACACACACACACACAAACGCACCUCAUUGGGUAUUUGUUUGAUUAAGAGGGGUGCUGUUUUCCCAGAUCUUGUUAGUCGAUGGUCCUGACUUCCUUGAAAAGUCCCAUUAAGCUUCUUUUAGCGGAUGCUCUUUGGGAACUAAGAAAACUUGAUUAUUUUCUGUCUGAGAGCGGCAAAUAGAGAGUGUGUGUGUUUAAUCGCAAAUAUAUUUGUAUGCGUGCCUCUCGUUGACCAUAUCACAGUUUGUAUUCCUCAGGGAAACGGAUCAGUCCUCUUUACAAAGUGGCUGUCUGUAAACUGAUUGGCCACAGGGCUAUGUGACGGCGAUCUUUUGAACCCUCGUACUGUGUAAUCAAAUCCUGAUUGGAUAUUUGACGCACAUGUGGAUGUGAGUUAAAAUGCACAAGUGACACAGAUAGUUGAGUCGAUCACAGUAUGCUUCAAACGGCAUUGUAAAUAUGCUUUCCAUUUAUAGCCCUUGACAUUGUUUUGUCUCAUAAAUUUACUGUAUGAUUAUGCUAUAUGUGUACUUGACAUAAAGCCAAAUGACUUUUUUUUUUUGCUUUCAUUUUGUUUGUUUUUAGAUUUGUUGUCCAUGGAGGACAAGCCAAUAUCUUCAGGGUUUUGGCCAUGUAGAUCUACGUCUUAGAUGUGGUUAUCAAGUCCCUCACUUCCUAUCAUUUGCAUCUCCAUCAUUAGUUUGGUGGACAUGAAGGACUUCAAAUUAUUUUACAGAACAUACAUGUUUGGGUGUGUUUUGAAUGGAAUUAUUUUAAUUUUAGUUGUGCUUUAGGAGUGUUGCCUCAUCUUUAUUGAGUGAACUUGCAUAAAUGUGGCCCUUCUCCGUGAUGCAUUGUACCCAUUAUUUGCCUGUAUAUAUAUUUGUCAAUGUGAGAGCUCUGUAAGAUGAGAGGGCUUGGAGUGUUCUCAUUAAUUUGUCUAUAAUGGAGCUCAGAAGCCUUAUUGAAUAAAGCUGCUGUUGAAACAAAAA